GUUUCUGAAUAAAUUCUGCUUCAUUUGAAUAUAAAAACAUUUCAGCUAACAAAGGAGCAUAAUUCGUGCCCAUGGGAAUUCCGACAGACUGUUGGAAGAUCACCAAAGAUCACAAAGAUAUUGUUAAUGAGGAACUCUAGCAUAUUCUUUAUUUCAACUUCAAAAUACCCGUGCAUGCUAUUAGAGUGGUGUUUACAUGUAACAAAGUAAUUUUUAUAAUGACUGAUCACUAGAUAUGAAUAUUUCGGUCUUCCAUUUUUUAUACUUUACUAUUAAGAUGGAUUUCAUAUUUGUCAUUAGGAGUGUUACACAUGCAUACUGAUAUUCCAGGUUCCACAUUCGGCCUCUUCCUGUCAAUGGAAGAGGCCGUGAACCUUCAUCUGCAUUAACUUUCAAAACCUUCCGAUACCCAUAAAUGCAACGGAAUAGACUUGGUUAAAACUGGCGCAAUGGUCUUGGAGGAGGCAUUGAAAAAUUAAACAGAUAGAAGUUGAUACAUUUUAACGGAAAUUCGAACAGCUCAGUUGUGCUUCCGAAAACGGAAAUAUACACUAUAGGCUCGAUUAGUCAUAACAUAAGCGAUUCUUUUUGUUCUAGUGAGAAUUGACAGACACCAUACUGUGCGGUGGAUAAAAAAAAUACUGCAGUACAUGUACGUGUACGAUGGUAAGAAACGACUUUGUUACUGAGGUGCCGGAACAAAACACGUACACGGAUUGCGGGAUUGGGAAAUUUCGGCCACGCUUUCUGCAGCAUUUCGCAAACAUCAAAACUUUUGUAGGAGUAUACAGCAUCGUAGGCAUGAUAUCCCAAACUCUGUCUGUCUACGUCAACACACAGGUGCCCAAUCUGGAGCGACAGUUCGGAUUAAGUAGUGUCCAAAGUGGUCUUAUAAUGAGUUUUAAUGACAUAGGUUUUUUUACGGUUGUCUUAUUCGUUUCGGCAGCUGCACAGUACGUUCACAUUCCUCGGAUGUUAUUUGUUUGCAUUUUGCUGUAUGGAUUUUCCGGGUUAAUAUGCAGUAUUCCCCACUUUGUCGCAGUUUCUAGAGGUCUGUUGCCUUCUCUCCACUUAAAUGCGGCCUCCAUAAAUGCAAGCAAUGACAUCAGCAAAAUAAACAUCCUUUGUCAAUCCGGGUUAAAUUUUACCGACAACGUUUGUGAAAUUGACCUUGAAAACUCUAAUAAUAUGAUGACCGCGCCAAGUUAUUCAAUUCAAACUUUUGCCUUGGCAUUGGUUGGGAUUGGAAUGACACUGCAAGGCAUUGGAAAAGCUCCAAGAGGUCCGUUUUACAUGGUGUACAUCGAUGACAACGUCGAGCGAAGGAAAAUGGGAUUCUACACAGGUAUUGCAAUUGCGUCAUCAAUUUUUGGUCCGGCAAUAGCAUUUGGAGUCGGGGGAUAUUUCAGCAGAAUGUAUGUGACUUUGGAAGAGGUUGACAUGGAUCACAGGGACCCUCGUUGGAUCGGCGCUUGGUGGCUCGGUUUUAUAGUAUUCGGGAUCAUCUCCAUCUUUCUAGCUGCACCUCUGCCUUUCUUUCCUAGACGAAUGAAAAUGUCCCCAAAAGACAUCGCUAAAGGCAAAUUCCAAGAGAGACCAAUGAUGCAAGACUGUUCAUUCAGGAAGAAAUUCAAAAUGAGUGUGACGUCCUACCGUAGAAUAGUGCGGAAUCCGAUUUAUAUGCUCACUUGUGUUAGUCAAAUCUUUAACAUGAUGGCAGUUGGAGGAUGGUCGGCUUUCUCAUCUAAAUUCAUGAUGACGCAUUUCAACAUUCCGCUGUAUUUGGCCAACUACAUACUGGCUGGUGCUAACAUUUCAACGGUUGCAAUGGGGACAUUUUUUGGAGGUCUUCUCACAAGGAAGAUAGCAAUGACUCCAAGAAAUGUUUACAGAAUGAUGACGUUUUUCUUCAUGUUCAAUGUGAUUUUCGUGGCUUUAGCUAUGACAAUGAGUUGUCCACAACCGACUAUAGUUGGUCAUAGUUUAGAUGUCCCCGGAUAUGUAGAUGCACCCUCACAGAAUUGCACACCUAACUGUUCAUGUCAAAGUGAUGGAUUUUACCCGAUCUGUGGCUCCAAUAAGGUUAAUUACCAUUCUCCGUGUUCAGCAGGAUGUGCGGAAUUGCUUCGAAAUGGCCGUAUGUUCUCUAACUGUUCCUGUAUACCUGAUGGUCGGGCGGAGGCUGGGUUGUGUGAAGACGUCUGUUCCAAUCUCAUACCAUGGGUCAUUUUUAUUUUUCUCGCAAGCAUUUCAGAUGCAUUCAAAAUACCCCCUACUAUUGUUGCUAUCAUGAGGUCAGUGGACGACACGGACAAAGCGGCUGGCCUAGGACUCUUCAGCUGCGCAACAUCAGGACUUGGCUGGGGAUUAUCACCAAUACUUUUUGGGAAAAUGUUGGAUGUCUCCUGCUAUAUAUGGCAGUCUCCUUGUUUAUCAACCGGGGCGUGUGAGUUGUAUGACCUCCGGCUGUUCCGUCUCUCGUUCCACGGACUUUGUGUUCUCUGUAAAGGUCUAUCGUUAGCUUGUUUACUGUAUUUAAUGGUGUGGACGAGAAAUUGGCAGGAAUGGAAAUCGUCGCAAAACACUGAACUCUCAGAGAAAGUGGACGUGAAAUAUACAAAAGUUUCUUCUGGAAAUAUGAUAUUAAACAGUGAAAAACAGGAUCUGGUGGAAAAUGAAGAUGACACACACAGAACAUCAGGAAUUCACCUGAACUGAUGUAUUUCCCUCUGGAAAGAGGACAGCUAUUGCUUAUUGAGAGUAUUUUCCGUUUUCUUCAUUCUCUAAUAAAUGCUGGGAAAACA